AUGAAACAGCGAAGGCGCUGGAGUGCGCGGGAGCCACGUGCGCCACAGUUGACGAGGCUCAGUGCUGUGUUGUAUCAUGUGUAAAAACGUAGUUGUCCCCACGACCCCGUCCUGGUGAACAAGACGGGGAAUCUGCUAUGCAAAUCAAGUAAUUAAGUACAUACUUUUCGCAUUCAUGCGCGACAAGAAGAAAUUCGGAUCCAGUGCAUUAGUAGAUGUGGUGAGCUGUAGUUGCCAUAUAAUCUCGACGACUCCUGUUUUUCAUUCCCAUUACAGGAGCGCGAUAACUUGCAAACCACGACUAGAAAAUACCUCACUGCAUGCGCAGUCGCAUGAGAGGACACUGUCCGCACUACAUUCGAGAUUUCGUUUAGAUGCGACCUACUGGCGCGGGGAAGGGAAGUACAUUCAUUUUUACGUUGGAUACAUCGAGGCGCUCAAGUUGGCUCUACCGAGUAACCACCGCCAGCAGCAGACGUGCGAAGCGGGGUUCGAGGCCAAAAAGUUCACCUGUGCGAACGGAGUGGCGGAGUCUCCGGAAUCGAUACGCAUCGCAAAAGAAUCGCACUAGUGGAAGUUGCAUUAUACAGCAAGGAUCUUUUGAAAGAUGACGCUGCAACAUUCAACCAGAUACAACAAUUUGUAGCUAAAGAGCGCUAAAUUAGAAGGAUGAUCGUGUGAUGAAAUUCGAAUUUGUCAUUCAAUAUUGCAGCUGGUGCGAUUGCGCUGCUUUUGCGCUGGACAUCCAAUCAGCUGCAGCAGCGCCGAGUGCGGCGAGGAAGAUGUGGACGCGUGCUGCAAGGAGGCUCCUGCGGCAACUUCUGGUCACGAAACUUGCCUGCAGGGGGUCGAAGCGAAGCGGAUUUGUCAAGCAACUGGCUCCGUUCAUCCUGAGGUCACCACGGACAACAUGCGCGCUGAUGUGA